AUGUCUUGCUACCCUCUCCCGUCCCUCGGGGACGUCGAUAAAGCGGCUCGUCUUAUCGAUUCCGCGAUCAGGAAGACGCCCGUCAAAGUAUCUCCGCAUCUGUCGCGCGUCGUCCCUGUCGCAGGCAUUGAGCUCUUCUUCAAAUGCGAAAACCUCCAACGGACCGGCUCUUUCAAGUUCCGCGGCGCGAGUCACUUCCUCGCAAAGCUUGACGAUCACGAGCUCGAGCAGGGUGUAGUCGCAUACAGCACCGGAAACCAUGCACUGGCAGUCGCACAUGCCGCCCAGCUAGCUUCCAAGAGGAAGAACUUUCCCAUUCCAACAUACGUCGCGCUUCCCUCAAACUGCUCUCCCAUCAAAGUCGACGCAGCGAAGCGACACGGCGCAACCGUCUUACACGCCGGAACAACCCACGACGCCAAGAUAAAGCUUGCGAAGAAGGUCCAGCAGUCAACCGGAGCGGCCCUGAUUCCACCGGCAGACCACCUAGACAUUGUCUUGGGCCAAGCCACGGCCGUCCGUGAGCUCCUGGACCAGGUGGCUGGCAUGGGGCAUGGGCUGGAUGCGGUCAUCGUCCCAAGCGGCGGGGGCGGACUACUAGUCGGCGCCAUAGCUGUCUGCAAGUCACUGGGCGUCACGGUCUUCGGAGCGGAGCCGGCAGUGGGAGGUCCCGGCUUAUCUGCAGCAAUCGAGAAGGGCGCACGUGCGACGAAGAUGGAUCCGGCCCCUACCAUCGCCGAGGGCUUACGGUCCCUGGCGGGAGAGGAGAAUUGGGAACACAUCAAAUGCCCCGGCAACGUGGGUGGCGUCUUCACCGCCAGUGAGCAGCAGAUCAAGGAGGCCUUGCGAGCUGGCAUCGAGAACCUGGAUUGUGUCAUCGAACCAAGCGCCGCCGUGCCGUUGGCGGUGGCGCUCUUCAAUCCAGACUUCCAGCGGCAAAUGGCGGCGUUGAAGAGGCACGUCAGAGUGGGCAUUGUCCUGACCGGGGGUAAUGUGAGUUCGGAGGAGCUCCUCCGCCUUGUUCCGGAUCUGGACCUGGAGAACGUGGAGACGGCGAAUUGAGCCGCGAAUGUGUUCUCAAGGGCCCAAUGGGCGUGCGGUUUCCUAGAGGAUUUACGCGGGCGAAGAGGGUGGCCUUACAUUCGAUCUUCG